GGUUUGUAAUAAGAGACACUCCUUCACAAAGGUUCAGAUCAUCAUAUAGGAGAGUGCUAUAUAUACUGGGAGAACAAUAGACUGUAUUCUUUUUUUUUUUCUUGGUAUUAUCCAGAGAUCUGUUUUCUACUGCCCUGACUUAAAGCAGAGUACCUCUGUGGCCUAUCUCUCUCCUUUGGCCCCAAAAUGACAGCAAUCGCUGCAAUCAGUUGUGCUUUCUUAUUUUCCAUUCUCUGUGAAACAAGUGCAUUAGUGUUACCCAACUCCACUGACCUACUCCUGUCAGACAAUAAUUUCACUGACAUUGAGACAGCUUUGGCAGCCCAUCUGGACUCUGCAAAAAUUCCCAAAGCCAGGCGGAAGCGCUACAUUUCGCAAAAUGACAUGAUUGCCAUUCUUGAUUACCAUAAUCAAGUCAGAGGCAAAGUCUUCCCACCUGCUUCCAACAUGGAAUAUAUGGUUUGGGAUGAAACUCUUGCUAAAUCUGCAGAGGCUUGGGCUGCUACAUGCAUUUGGGACCAUGGACCUUCCUACUUACUGAGAUUCUUGGGCCAGAACCUGUCUGUAAGAACUGGAAGGUAUCGAUCUAUUCUCCAGCUGGUAAAGCCAUGGUAUGAUGAGGUGAAGGAUUAUGCUUUCCCUUAUCCUCAGGAUUGCAACCCCAGGUGCCCCAUGCGAUGUUAUGGACCCAUGUGCACCCAUUACACACAGAUGGUUUGGGCCACUUCCAAUCGUAUAGGCUGCGCAAUCCACACAUGCCACAAUAUGAACGUCUGGGGAUCUGUUUGGCGACGAGCUGUUUACUUGGUAUGCAACUAUGCCCCAAAGGGAAAUUGGAUUGGAGAAGCGCCAUAUAAAGUAGGAGUUCCGUGUUCUGCUUGUCCUCCAAGCUAUGGAGGUUCUUGUACCGACAACCUUUGUUUCCCAGGAGUAACAUCAAACUACUUAUACUGGUUUAAAUAA